CUGGCAACACUGCAAACCUACUGAACCUUGUUCUAACCUCAAAUACCUCAAAAAAACUUGACCGACAUGUUGUUUAAUGUUAUUUUCAUAUUAAAGAAAUGUUUUAUUUCUUAGUAAAAGAAAAAAUAUAUUUAAUUAGCAACUAAAAUAAUAAAGUAGUUUACUCUAUUUCAUACAACAAAAAGAGAAAUAUAUUUCUUUGGGAAAUAGUACGGCAUGAAAAAAUUGGAAAAAAUCAAAAAGUAAUUAGUUCAUUUUAUUCCCUAAGCGUAAUCUAUAAUUAAGGUAUAGCCACGUUCAUCAUAUUUUAAAAUAUUAUUACUAAUAACAAAUAAUACUUUAGAUAUUUACUUAUUAUCUGAAUGAAGUAAAAAAGAUAUAUUGUUAAGUAAGCCAGGAGCAGAACAAUAUCAUCAAUGGCAGAUUUGUUUGAUAUUGCCAAUUUAAUCACCUCAGUCGGCGUUGAUGCUGUAAAAAUCAAACCUGAGCCUGGUUUACCAGAAAAAUCGUCAAAUGAAAUUUUAACUGAACUCUUUAGCACUUUCGAUGUUGAUGAAGGAAUAGUUUCUCCUCAAAAUGAUUCAGAUACAAAUUCCAAAACAGAAAAAUCGACAAAGAAGAAAAAGAAAAAAAAACACAAGCAUAAAGACAAGAAGCAUAAGAAAAAAUUUAAGCACCACUCAUCUGAUAGUAGCGAUUCUGAAGGAACGAAGAAAAAGAAAAAACAUAAAAAGAAAUCAAAACGAAAGCAUGACGAUAGUGAUAAAUCAUCAGAUUCUGGGAGUACAAAAUCUAAAUUAAUAAAAUUGAAUGAUGAAGUAAUUCCUAAGAUUGAGCCAAAAACUAUAAAAGAUGAAUUUAAUAUUUUGGGAAGAGAAGACAGUAAAUAUGAUAAAGUUGUAGUUAAGCAAGAGCCAAACGAGAAAGAUGAGACAAUUUCGAAAAAGAAGGAGAUUAAUGAUUCGAGUUCAAUAUUGCCACCAGUGGCUAAAAAAAUAGACGAUAAGGAAGAGCCUCGUGUUCCUCUUCUUCUUGAAAAAGCAAAAAAUCCCACCCUCGGCAAAAUUUUAAUAAAAGAUUUGAAAAAUAGUGUAGUUUAUAAUGAAACAGUGAAAGAGGUGGAGAUUAAAGAAAAAGAAAAAGCGGCAAGAAUGGAAGAUGGUGAAAUUUCUGAUAGCAGUGGUGACGACAAUGAUGAUGAUGAUGAUGAUGAUGAUGAUGAUGAUGAUGAUGAUGAUGAUGAUGAUGAUAGAACACCAACUCUAAGUCCAUCUCCUCCUCCUCCUGAUUUUAAAUCUAAAUCUCCAAUAUUAAAUAAUUCCUCAGAAAAAGCAAAGGACAAAAGCAAAAGUCCAACAUCUAGAAAGAAGGUAAAAAAUGAUCUUCGAUUGAUUUUGAAAGAAAAGGAACGGAAACGAAAGGAGAAAAAGGGUAAAGACGAUAAAGAUGGAAAGUCACAUAAAAGUCAUAAAGAUUCGAAAAAGGACAGCAAACAAAGAAAUAGUAGUGCAGGUAGAGACAGAAAGAGAUCUACAUCACAGCAACGUUCACAUCGAAGCAGAAGUAGAGAUAGAAAUAAGCAUCGAGAAAGGAGUCGAGAACGAAGAGAAAGAAGAUGGAGUCACGACAGAUGGGAAGAUGACAGAAGUCGAGACAGAAGACAUUACAGUAGACACAGAAGUCGAAGUAGGGAGAGAAAAGAAAGAAUUGAGAUUGACAAGAAGAAAUUAUUGGAGAUAGCUAGAAAAAAUGCGAUAGGCAUGAUUAAACGAGGUGCUCUACCUUUGGCGCAAAGAGAUAAAGCUAUCGCUGCCAUUCAAGCUGGAGGAAAAACAGUAGACGAACUUACAGAUUUCUGCAAGUCUCUCUCAAAAUCUGAAGCCUUGGGAGAAUUGUCUAGUAUUUCAUCAGAUAAUGACAGUGAAUCCGAAAAAGGUUUCCACCAUCCCUUUCUCCUGAAGGAAAGACCAAAUUCUAUUAUAAUGAAUAUUAGGGAUGCUAAACAACUGCCAACUAGAACAUUCCAAGAGAAAACUGCAGAAUCGUCAAAUCAAUUACGUUUACAGUUUCCAGUUUCAAGUGGUCAGCUUCAUAGGAAAACUGAAAGUGAAUGGGUCCCGGUGCCACCGAAAAAAGUGGAACCUAAAAAGCAAUUUGUUCCAGCAAGUGAACCACUUUGUUCUUUUCCGAAACCAGUUCCGGUCAUGGUACCACCGCCAACUCCUGUCGCUACACCUAUUUCUACAACUAUUCCUGCUAUAUUACCUCCACCAUCAGUUUUUCCUCAAAAUAUAUCUGCCGAGAAUAUUGACAUAGGCUCAAUUGUUUCACAAAGACUGUCAGCUAUGAGAAAAUUAAGAGAGAAUCCAAACGACGUUUGUGCUCUAAAUGAAAUGCACAGAGCACAAAAUGAGAUGACAUCUUGGGCAGAAAGUAAGCAGAUGCCAGGUCAUUUUACAGGUAGCACCGGAGCAAAAGUACUAACACCGGCAGAACUUACAUCAGGUUAUCAAGCAUGGGCCCGUAAGGAUCAACUAACAUCGGCGUUACCAGUUUCGGGAGGAAUGGGAAUGGCUCUACUUCAGAAAAUGGGUUGGAGACCUGGAGAAGGAUUAGGCAAAAAUAAAGAAGGAACUCUCGAACCUUUACAACUCGAAGUUAAACUAGACAAAAGGGGUCUGGUUUCCGAACAAGAUAUUGGGAAAAAAGUUGGAAAAACAAUGAAACCUCAAGCACCGGUAGUUAAAACUUUGGAAGGCAAACAUCCAGUUUCCCUUUUGGGUGAAUAUUGUUCGAAAAAGAAAUACGGUAUUCCGGUUUAUGAACUGUGCUUUGAAUGUGGACCAGAUCACAAAAAGAAUUUUCUCUUCAAGGUCAAAGUAAAUGGUAUAGAAUAUAAACCAAGUGUCGCGAGUCCAAAUAAAAAGCAAGCCAAGGCAGAAGCGGCUCAAAUUUGUUUACAAACUAUUGGUCUAUUACCUUCUACAGAAGAUAAAGAUAAACCAUGAAUUAAACAUUUUCUAAUGUUCUCAUAUAACUACAUUUUUUUGUACAUAGAUAUAAAAUAGAAUUUCUCACGCGACAUGUAAUAAAAUAUAGAUUGUAAAAACAUUUCUCUCUUCCUUUAAUGUAAGAGAGGAACAGGAAGAUUAAAUUUCAACAAAUAAAAACUUUUUCGUGAAAAAAUAAAAA